AUGCGUGUUCUCUGCCUGUUUCUCAUUUUUCUGACCGUUCAUGGCCAGUCGGACGAGGGGUUUGACCAGUCCUCUAUUUAUUACACCGAGCCGACUUUCAUCAAUGCAAGCAACAGUAAUGCAAACGGGGGCCUUACGGAACUUCACGGAGGUCAAAUUGUUAGGGGCCAACGAUUAUUGGAAAGAUCGAAGAGCCCUUAUCUGGUGCGGGAAGAUUUAUUCGUCGAACGCGAGGGAGAGCUGGUGAUAGAAGCAGGGGUGGAGAUCCGGUUUGGUCCCAUGAUCGGAAUCACGGUUCGUGGGAUCGUCACUGCGAAGGGAGAACCACAAGCGCCAAUUUUAUUAACAGCAGCAGAAGCUAAUAAUCAGGUUCAUCCUGUUGAAUCUCCACUUUCGAUACGACUGGUAGAUGGGCCAACUCCAUCCGAGGGUCGAUUAGAGCUUUUCCAUCGAGGACAAUGGAGAGCUGUUUGUACGAAUUCCAGAAAUUGGACAAGAGCUGAUCUAGAAACAGCGUGUAGACAGCUUGGAUUCCAAGGAGGACGAUGGUGGUCUUGGAUAGACAGGCAAUGGCCCGCGAAACCAAGAUUACUUUAUGAGCAACCAGGCUGCAGAGGCACGGAAACAUCUUUAACCAGCUGUGAAAGAUGGUCCGAUAGACAACUGGGUGGUGGUGUCUGUGAUUAUCAUCCUGAUCUUGGAAUAUCGUGUUUGCCUCGUCAUGAUGGGGCCACAAAGGCGAUCAAGCAUUGGAGAGGUAUUCGUUUCGAAGAGGCUUUGUACGAUCGUCCACUGAUCCAGGAGAACACUCUUUAUAUAAGGAAAUCGAAGUCACUUUUAAGAAACGUUAUAAUAGAGCACGCAGGAACGGGCCGAGAAUAUAAUGUUACAGCCGCGAUCGAUGUCGAGGGUGUUCCACCGCAAAUGGAAUCAAUUUCAGUCCUUCAUGCUGCUUUUACAGGCAUUAACGUCACCACACCAAACGCUCCUGUUGUAAUAAACAACUGCACCAUUCAGAACAAUAGAGGGUAUGGAGUUUAUGUAAACAGUUCCUCCGGCAUGGCGUACAUUAACAAUUGCUCUAUAUUAUAUAAUGGAGCUGAUGGGAUUAAGUAUAUUCAUUUUGAUGAAAGACCAGAUGAUAAAUUAGAUCGUACAGAAGUGUUUGAUUUGUGCACCUUUCCAACAACUGCCGGUCAAACUUUCCCUGUUAUAAUAUCCAUGGAACAGAGCAAGUAUGCGCCAAAUACCAAACGCUGUCCACAGCACAUAUUCACGAGACCGGGACACGUGCUGACCAUGCACUUCUUGCAAAUGAAGACUAGCAGAAAUAACAGUGCAUUCAUAGAAGUGUACGAUGGUAUAAGCGAAACCGAAAAACUACUAGCCAGAGUGAGAGUCGAGAAUGGCACACUUCCUCAGAGUGUCACUACCACUCGUCAAAAUUUGUACGUGAAAUUCAUUGCCGAUCCACGGACGAAUACGAUCAUUUUUGUACGACUGUCUUCGGGUUACAAGAAAACGUAUGAUCUGAACGUAACUGGAAGCGUAAUAGCCGGCAAUAACGGAAGAGGAAUUGCAGUAGAGAAGUUGCGAUCCGCUCUACACGUACACGAAACUUCAGUAUCCAGUAACAAGCACGUAGCAGGUGUGCAUGUGUCAGGUGGUGCCGCGGAUGUGAAUAUCACCAGUAGUCGCAUUUCUUUUAACACCGGAGACGGUGUUAACAUCACCGUCACGGGAGGAAAUCGCAAUAUAUCACGGACAAGCAUUUCCUCGAAUCAGGGUUACGGUUUUGCAGUGUGGUUGAACGAUAGCUCCUCCACUGAAUACGUAUAUUUCAAUCAAACCACUGUGGUCGAGUAUUCCCAGAUAUUCCGAAACAAGGAUAUCGGUAUACUAGUUGGCAAUGCAACAGGCGAUUCUUAUGUAAAUGUGACUGGUAACUGGUUCAAUAGCAGCGCAGACACAGCGUUACAAGUAGAAUCUAGCUGGAGACAGAAUGAAGGCUUGUUGAGGCUCCAAAUUGGUCACAAUUCUUUUGUACAAAACGCAAAGUUUGGAAUUAAACUAAGCCCAGCUUUCAACUUGGAAGCAACCAUUGAGUACAAUCAUUUCAGAGAAGAAUCUAGUGGAUGUAUAUUGAUAAAGAACCCUCUCUACGAGGAGUUCAAUAUAAUGCCAGCUGAUAUCGUCAUAAAGCACAAUGAAUUCUAUAGCAAUCGUGGUGCUUUCGUAGUGAACGUUGGUCUUUCACCAUACAGUGACGUUCAAAAAUUAUUGUUCACCAGAAACUUCUUGCGCGACAAUCGUGUUAGAGAGCUAUUCGACAACGGCAAUACGAUGAGAUCCAGGUUGAUUCCUCGUUCCAGAGUCGCGGCUGUCAUGGUCGUUUCCUCGAGCAACGUGGAAGUAUACCGUAAUAUCUUGCACAAUCCUGAAUCACCAUACGAGAUCGGUUCCCACUUGGAGGAUCAGAGUAAGGUUAUCAAUUGCACCUACAAUUGGCUUGGAUUUGCUGAAGAGAACAGGAUAUUCGAGAGGCUGUUUCACAGGAAGGACAGAUACAAUCUAGCCAAGAUAGAGUAUCUGCCUUAUCUAUUGCACAGCAGCAAUCCUGGAGCUAAUACGAUCAUAGCAAAUCCAUCCUUUGUUCCACGAUUCGUUACACCAGGUACAAAUUUAGUCGGUGGCGAAGUCGAUGGUCUGGAAUUCUUGAACGCUGGCGAAUACAUCGUCGAGCGUGAUAUCAACGUACGGCCCGAUGGUAAAUUGAUUCUCCAUCCUGGCGUCACUCUACGUUUCCCACCAGCUGUAGGGAUGAUGGUCGCCGGUAAAUUGGACGCUCGUGGAAAACGACCCAGCGAUAUUUUGUUCACUUUGAAAGAAGAACUGGUGAUGGACUCGGAUAACGACACUCUGAUGGACGAAGGUCUAAGUCAGAUGAACGAAAUCGACUCCAUCCCUGUGCGACUUCUCGGAGGUAAAACGAAUCUUGAGGGAAGAUUGCAGGUGAAAGUAGGAGGAAAAUGGGGGACUGUUUGCAAUUAUGGCUGGACGAUACGCGAUGCAGCCCUCGUUUGCCAUCAAUUAGGUCUCACCCUGGACCCUGAUAACUGGCUGAUGGAACGUUCUCAGAUUCCAAAUGCAGGCAUCAACGAGGACAUCGUUCUCAGUAACGUCAGGUGUACUGAGAAUGACAAUGAUCUGUCCAAGUGUCGAGCAGAAACGGAACAGAACUUUGAGAAUUCUUGCACUCAUGAGAAUGAUGUUGGUGUUAGGUGUUCAGAAGCUGCAUGGGCGGGUCUUCGUUUGGGGCCAUUAGCGCAAAGAAGCGAUCUUCAAUUCGUGACGAUAGAGAAGGCAGGUUUACUUGAUUACACCACGAACUCGUUCAAGCCAGCUUUGCAAAUUGACUUUGCAAGACACUCGCUGGACAGCGUUAGAGUCAUUGACAAUCUCCAAGAUGGCUUAGGUGUUUUGUACUCUGAUAUAUAUUCUGUGGAUGCAGUAAACGUAGUCAGAAACAGUGAUUUCUCUCAGAACGGUGGCAGUGGUAUAAGCUUUAAACAAUUGGGUAUGGAGAUUAUCAAUUCCAGGAUUGAAAACAAUAAAGUUGCAGGGAUAAGGCACAAUCCUGCUCUUUCUGCCGUUCAACAAAGAGAAUUCGCUGGCUGGUUCUUAGGUGUGCCAGAUAUGAUAGACUCUUCUUACAAUCCAAUAAUCAUACCUCAUUAUAUGAGAGAUAUAGAAUUGGCUAAUGAAGAAACCAAGUAUUUAAUCACUGCUAAGGUCAUUGAUGAUCCUAUUAAACGACGUAUCAGUAUUAGAUGCAAACCAGGAUACGUUAUUGGUAUUCAGCUGCUUAAUCCCAUUGAGAAUCGUAGCACAGAGCAAAUAACCUUUAUCGAUACCAGUAAAAUUACCUGGCAAUUGAAACGGGACUUGGCAGUAUUCCCUGUUACCUCCAGCUCUUUUAUCAUAGGUUUAGACUAUGAUAGCGGUGCAAAGGCACUUGGAGGCGGGGUUAUCGUCAUCACAGCUCUUCAAGCUCCGAUACAAGACGUAAGAAGCAAUACUGUGAGAGGUCCGAUUCCAACACUUCUAGUUACUAAAUCCAAAAUCAAGAACAACAGGAAGGGUAUCCUUGCUUCGUUCUACAAUAGAUACUUAGACGAGAUCGGUGAUCAUUUCCUUCGAAAAGCGAACGAAACCAUACAAUUAAUUGGCUGUGAAUUGUCUCACAAUCAAGAGGAAGCUAUUUAUGUGCAUUCCCCUCAUUGGAACAUCUUCCGGACGAACUUGUCCGAAAUUGCAAUUCAUAUAAACGAUAGUCUGAUCACGGAUAAUGGUAAAGGUAUAUAUCAGUUCAGUCGUGAUGCAAGACACUCCAACAAUCUUUUCCAUUGGAUAAUGCAAGACAGUACCAUUGAAAGAAAUAGAAAAGGUGGUUUCGAGGUGCUGUUACCUGAUGUCUGGCAGUACAACGAGAAUUUCACUCACACUUUGUACUUUGGCAAUAACACCUGGAGGAACAAUGAGCUAUUUAGCUUCAUAGUUGAUGGACAUUUUGCUACUUUGAACAUCUCUCACAACAGAUUCGAAGGAAACCGUUGCAAAGCUGGUUUGAUCUCCAUCCGUGGAAUGGAGAAGAAGAUGAGGAUUAAUAAUAAUUAUAUUGAGAGCAACACUGGUGUGUACAUGGUGGAAUUUAAAGCAGAUAGCCAGUCUGAGAUUCUAGGAAAUGUGGAUGCUCGUUUCUAUUUCAAUGAGAUUAAAAAAAAUAGCUACGACUUGGUUGGUAUGGGACCACGUCGCAUCGAUGAUGGUCCAAGCUAUGUUGUUGGUUUCCAUGGUAUACAAAAGGUACAGAUAAAGAAAAACCUGUUCGGUGAGAAUUCUUUGGAUUACGAGCUACUGGCUGGUAUCAGAACAGCCAAGAUUAAUAAUGAGGUUGAUGUGACAGAAAAUUGGUGGGGUACCUUUAAUGAUACUGAGAUAAGACAAAGGAUCUUUGAUUUCGACGAUUGGAAUGACCACGCUGUAGCUAAUUACCGACCCUUCUUAACCGGCGAUUCUUUUGAUUCUUCUGUGUCUGCAUCCUGGCAAAUCGCACAGCAGGUAGACUUGGAUAAUUUAGGUGGACGAAUAGUAGAGAACUUAUCCAUACACUCCAGAGACAAACCUUAUGUCAUACGUUCAGAUAUCACUAUUAUGCCUGAAGCCACUUUGCACAUUUAUCCGGAUGUCGUUAUGGAGUUUGCUCCCAAUGUUGGGAUCCUAGUUCUUGGUACUUUGAAGGCUGUUGGUGCGCCCGACCAUGAGAUUAUAAUGAAGCCUAUGGAGCACGAUAACGAGGCGACGAAUCCAAAAUUAAGGAAUGGGAAGAUUAUCUCUGUGUCCGAGGAGACGAUUCGUCUUUGCAAAGACGGACGAUGUUCUUCUUUGUAUAACGAAGGAUUUUUGGAGUUCUUCAAUAAAACCACGUUGCAAUGGAUACCUUUGUGCGACACAAGGUUCACUGAAAGAAACGCACAAGUAGCCUGUCGACAAUUGGGCCACGAUUCGCUUAAUGUCUACGUGUCGUACGAUCGUCGAUACGAGCUUCAUCCUGGUUCUCUAAUACGCGUUUGGUCUUGGCCUGAACCAUUACAGUGCACUGGCAAAGAAGAAAAAUUGGAAGACUGUCAGAUCAGAUUGAACGGUCAAUUAUAUGGACAUCGAUAUGACUGCCCAUGGGACAGUCAAUUCGUCUUUAUAAAUUGUGGAAAACGAAACCUGGACGAUACUCGUGACUACUGGGGUGGAAUACGUAUCGCCAAUAGCGAAUUUGAACAUCAUUUAUACGAGCAUCGUAUUCACGACGUGGUUACUCAUGAAACAGUGAGACGUGUUGAAUCAGUCUUGAAAUAUAUUAAUAUCAUUGGUGCUGGAAUUUUGCAUUUUGAGAAAUCAGCUGCUCUACAAACGAUCAUGAAAUCUCCUACUAUAAUGCAUGUCAAUGUAACUCGUAGUGCUUAUCAUGGAAUCAAUGUGAUAUCACCAACCCAUACAAUCGAACUGCUGUUCAAUAAUAUUAAUAACGUGCUUGGAAAUGGCGUGAAUGUUCUAUCCAUAACUGGAGAAGGACGAGAGGCAGAUGAAAGUUCAUUUACUCCUAUCAAGGACCUCAAUAUUCCUUAUAACUUGUUCAGCAUGAUCGAUAUAUGUGAUACUACAAAGGAAAUCACUCUUGAGGAACGUGUGAUUGUUUAUUACAAAUAUGACAAUCAUCCUGUGAAUUGUGUUAAGAUAUUCCGUAGUGCUUACAGAGCGAAGCCUUUUGGAUUCAGACUUUUACAGUUCAAUCUUUUUAAUUCUACUGGGAAGCCUGGUCGUGCUGAUAGUAUUAUCCUCUACGAUGGAGACAUUUAUAAUAUCACUGCCAAGAGUAUAGGCCAUUUAGAGGCUAAUAGUCUGGACGAGAAGAAAUUGUUUAGAACUCAGGGACCCAGCCUUAGUGUAAGACUAUUUGCUAACGGUGCGAGCAACGUGCAUGGUUUUAUUGCGGAAGUUGUUACUCUGCCAAUCUCUGCGAUUGGAUUCAAUCGUGAUGUCCAACAUAAUAUUUCUUAUUCUGUGAUAUCUAACUGCCGUGAAGGAGCGAUCAAGUAUGCUAGCGCGGGUGAAGUGAACGCGAUAAUGACUCUUGAACGUAAUCAAUUCACGAAUAACUGUGAGAAACUUUAUGGCAAUUUUUCUACUUGCAAGUCAGCUCUAUGGUUGGAUGUACAAAACACUCAAUCUUUGUUCUUUAGGAAUAACGUAGUUAGACAUAAUCAAGGCGGUCUUUCUAUUCGUGCUGACUCCAGAGGCUCAGCAACUUCUUUAGAAGGAUGGAUCCACAAUAAUUUGUUUGCAGAAAAUUACAAUAAACCUGCCUUAUAUAUAGAAGGUCGUCAGAGCAGUCCAUACCAGGAAGUUACAAUAUUCAGAAACUAUUUCACAAAAAAUGAUGCUCCUUAUGAUAACAACAUUGUCUUAAAACAGGUUGUUAGCAAUAUGACCUUGAAUUACUUGCACGCUAAUCUUGGUGCUCAUCUCUUAGAAAUUUCUGGAUUUGAAGGCGUUCGAUUGCCUAUUUAUCAGAGCACAUCCCACAAUGGCUUUUACAAGAAUUAUGCAGUGGAUCGUAAUGGGCGCAGUACAAUAGUUGCUGGAACUCCUGGCCAGCAAUAUGUUGAUAACGUCUUCUUCAAUCCAGAUAAUGAUUAUGAAAUGCUUACAACAAACAGAUCACAACAAUUGGAAAUGUGGAGGUCUCACAUAGAUGCUCGACACAAUUGGUGGGGAUACAAUGAAACAUUAGCAGUGGCUGGUAGAAUCAGAGAUAGAGGAGAUUCUCCAGAGUUAUUACAAGUAGAUUAUCAACCCUUCCACAUGAGCAAUCAGUCUGUCCUGAAUGGAAAGUGUCCACCAGCGUGGGAUCUCGUAGGUGACACCUGUUACAUAUACAUUGGUGCUCCCAUGGACUUUUUCAGUGCACGAGAUUUUUGUAGAUCUGUAAAUGCAUCAAUGCCAUUCAUCAUGGGUGAUUACCUAGAACUCUUUCAAUUUUUGCGGAAGCAACAAAUACGAUACGAUUAUGCGGAUCGUGCUUGGGUACAACAAUUAGAUCGUGUGGAUCAAUGUACAACUUUCACCUACCAGACCAUAGAAAUUGAUCAUUGUGCUCAGCCGAGUCCUUUCAUUUGUGAGAUUGAUCCAAAAGUAAAUAUCGAUCCACUAUCGUGGAGGAAAGAUAUUGUUGCAGUAGCUGUUUUAGGAGCAGCAGGUGUAGCACUUGCGCUGUUAACAGCUGCUAUCGCACUUUGGGUAUCCAAAUCAAAGAGACGAAAUAUUGAAAGAUUGGAAAGGCGAAAUUCUAUCAGACAAUCCUUGCAUUCGCUGCGAUCAGUUGGCUCUACCUCAGGAUUCACUGAGCUCGCCUAUCGACGCAAACCGAUUGCGACGAAGCAGUCUACAGACACGCUGAAUUCCAAGUCUUUGGAUUACAGAAGAAUGCUAAAUGGAGGAAGCAUAGAUUCAAUGGACAAGUCUCAGCUAAAUUCAUCCAUGGAAGAUAAUCAGAGCUACGACGUGUACGAAGCGCACAAUCCAAGAUACUCGCCAAGUACCAGCGAAUUUAAAAGUACUGUUCAAAAAUAUGGAGCUCCGCAAAGCGCAGACAAUCCAGUAUUUGAUCUAACUUAUCGCAAUGAAGGUUUUAGAAAUCAUUCCACGUUCACAUCAAGGAGCACCAAUGACUGGCCCAUUGAGUCAACCACAGAAACAACCACGGAUGAGAUUCACGCUGUCGAUCCUACCAACGAGAGUUCAUAUCUUAACAAUACGUCCACUCUUCCUCUGAAUGCCAGCCUGGCUCUGACCGACUCCAUCAGCGAAUUAAAACGCGACAUUGAAGCAUCAGCUGCUUACAGUCCAAUGGAUUAUGAUCCAAGACGCAGUUACGAUAAUGCAACCUUGACACCGAGUCAAGCAUCUGAACCUGUUCCAGAAUAUGCUCCAGAUUUUAAUCCACCGAUACCUCCUCAUCCUUAUCAUUACGACGAAGGCAGACCCAGAAGCGACGCGCUUUUAGAAACGAAUCUUGAUACUGGGGAGGAGAAACCCCUUCGUUCCAAGAGCGAAGCACUGUUGGAGACUAAUUUGGACGUGUUCCUAGUUAACGAGCCUACAGAAUUGACUCAACUUUCGGCUGGAGCGAGAAGUAAAAGCCAACCUUUGGAAACGGCGAUGUGA